AUGGUUAAAGCCAUCUCUCGGCUUCCCGAGUCUAUGUUUAUAUCCGGUGUUGGUGUUGUACGAGAUAAAAAUACGCUAGGAGGAACCUUCGGUGAUAUCUACCGGAGCACCUACGAAGGUAAACCUGUGGCCUUGAAGCGACUGCGUAUUUUCCGGAACUGCGAAAGAGCGAAAAUAUAUCGGAAAUUUUGUAAAGAAGCACUGGUUUGGCAACAGCUUUCGUUCAAAUAUGUGCUUCCCUUCCUUGGCAUCGACGCGGAAAACUUCCCGAGGCAACCGUGCAUGGUAUCGCCUUGGAUGUCGAACGGGACGGCCCCACAGUUUCUCAAGCAGAAUCCCAACGCUAAUAUCGAUAAGUUGCUCUUUGAGAUCGCCCAAGGUAUCGAAUACCUUCACUCUCAGUCAGUCGUUCAUGGAGAUAUCAAGGGCGGCAAUAUACUAAUCGAUGAACAUUGGCAUCCUAGGCUCGCCGAUUUUGGACUGACAGUUUUCGCUGACGCUACGAGACAAUUCACAACCGAUCAAGGAGGUACUCUGCGCUGGAUGGCUCCAGAAUUGUUGCUCCCCUCAGGAAACUUCAAACGAACGUUUUCCAGCGACGUUUAUGCAUACGGCUGCGUUUGCGUAGAGCUUUACUCGGGCCGGGUUCCCUUUCCUGAUGUUAAACAUGAAGUCCGCAUCAUAGAAAUGGUCCUGAGUGGAGAGCUCCCACCUCGACCAGCUUCCAUGAAAGAGGAUCUGUGGCAGCUCGUUUGUGUCUGCUGUGAGAAUGGGGCUGACACGCGGCCCGGGGCAUCAGAGAUCGUUGAAAUGCUCAGAACAUUCUUGCGGGAAUCAGCGACAGAGCCAGGCCUCAUGAAAGGGUACAUCCUUUCUAAGCUGAAGUCAAGCUCUUCGUCUCUGACACGGGAAAAGUUCACGUUUAACCUCGCUGGGCCGUCUUCGGAUGGCAGCAGCAGUCCGGGAGGGAUGAAGCCAUUACCGCUUCGUUCUGGGACGCUGCUUAGCCAGGCUAUCGAAGAAGAUGCUACCCAUCGAGAACUAUCAUCGAUGACUGAGCUAUUCAAAGAAGAGGACGACUACAGACUGCGGCUGCUGCAGAUACGGGUACACGCUGAUCCGAUGCGGUCAUAUCAUAAACUCGUCCGGGUUGAGCGAGGGUAA